AUGACUACCAUCCGCCUCGACGUCAACCUUUUCAAUGCCAAAGAUGACACAGUCAAGCGGACGAACUGUGUUCCGUUGAAAGAGUUUGACAUAAGUGACAAGAAGCUGUCCGACGUGCGAUCAGUGCUUAUUAAGAAUGGUGGCUUGGAUGCCAGCAAGGUUGGAUGUUCAUUUUGCUCAGCUUCCGGAGCGCUAGUCAAUGAUGCUUCGUCCUUCUCGGAUUAUGUGGAUAUUCUAUCGGAGGGAGGAGAGGAGAAGGAGGGCGAUGACAAGAAAAAGAAGAAUACAUACAAUGUCUACAUCUAUCUCAAGAGCAAGAAGACCACCACGGGCUUGAGUGACGAGGUCAAGGAGACUCUUAAGAAGGAGCUCAAUCUCAAACUCAGUGAUAAACCGGAACUGCUCAAAACCUCACUGGACCAGCUCACCAGUUCCUUCAGCAAGGCUGACUGGGUGGCGGAGGCUGCUGAAAAUGCUACGAACCCCGCCGAUAUGUCGGAGAAAGAAUGGAAUGUUGUCAUCCGCAACAACAGCCUCACAAGCGCUUCGCGAUUGGUGUUUUCCAAUCUGGGCCGAGCUUCAGAUGGAAGUAAAAAGCUCAAAUUUCGUCGGAUCGAACGUGCGCCAUACAGUGCCUUUGUCUUGAAACCAAGGAAGUUCCAGCCGCAUGAAAUUUCGGAUUCGGAGGUCAAGGUUGAGCAACAAUUCCACAUCCCCCGAUUUGUUGUGGCCGAUGAUUCGUACGUGGAUACGUUUGAGACGAAAUCGUCCGUGGCAACGGCCAUGGCUCGCAGCUCCUUCUCCUCCAUUGAGGCAGAGGCUUCCAUUGAAGGAGGAGCGUUUGGGUUCAGCGCCGCUGUCAGUGCGGGCUUCUCCUCGAGUGAGAGUAACGCAUUGAGCAAGCAGAGUACGGCGGAAAGCAGCACAAUGAACAUCACCUACAAUUUCCCUCGAGUGGUCUUGCAUUUGGAUGAGUACAGUUUGGAACUGUCAGAUGAAUGUGGCCAGGAUCUUAUCAGGGUCAAGGAUGUCAACUCUCUGAUUGCCUUUCACCACAAAUACGGCCACUUUUUCGCCACGCGCAUCGAGCUCGGUGGGAGACUCUUUUCAUCCGAAAAGUUCAGCACGCUGGGCACCAGUAGCGAAAGUGAAGCUACAAAGCAGAUGAAGAUCUCAGCUAGCGCCUCAUUCUCAUCCAAGUAUGUGUCUGGUAGUGCCAGUUACGGCCAGGAGAAUGCACAGUCGUCGCAAGAUAGCGAUUCCAGGCGGAGUUUGCAGGGUUCCAUCUCCUGGCAAGCCCAAGGCGGUGAUACGCUUCUCUGCAACAAGCAAGUCUCUCUUUCAUAUAGCCCUCCCGCAUGGUGUCCGACGGUCGCUCCGUUCCAAAACUGGCGUGUCAUCAAGCAAGAAGACGUUAUCCCCCUCGGGGACUUCAUCGGCCAGAUACCCGGCUAUGAAGAUAUCCCUGAAAAGUUCAACAAACUAGCUGAAAUCACGAGGAGGAAGGAGACGGUCAGCUUCCGGCUUGGACUAGAUGCAUGGCAACGCGCAGACAAGAACAAGCCAGAGUAUCUAGCCCUCCAUCACGCGUGGAGAAUUCGCCAGGAUGUUGCUCAGUGGUGCGCCAAACGAAUACUGAACGAUUUUAAGGAGAGCGGGUCGCUUGCACUCGAUUUAGCCAACUGGGCGAAUAUACAAGUCCCUUCCGAGAUCCAGGCGCUCUAUGAUUGUGGCCACCCUGGAGUGACAUUCCAAGACAACAGUGACGAAACGGUGUUUGACGUCGAGGUGGAAACCCUCAUGAACCAAGCUCCAGCCCUCCAAUAUGGCCAACGAUACCAUCUCUUUAACCGCAAAAGGGGCCUGUGGCUACGCGCAAUAAUCGUCAAUUAUAGAGGGACGGAGGUAACGGUGUUGGCUGCUGGAUCGAAGCACGAGGCGACACUAUUCGAAUUCCGCGACAAGGACCGAGAGGGGCCCAUGCGUGAGGGAGAUAAGUGCUGUCUGCUGGUGUACGGACCCGAUGGCAAGCAAAAGGGUAUUGUGGCAUUGUCGUUACGGGGUCAAACCUCAGAGGACGGCGUGGACGAUGCGAUGUCGAUAGGAGCAUUGCCAUACAGUGUUCCGAAUGAAGGUCGCAUUCGUUUCACGGUUCUUGAAAUGGUGGACCAGGCAGAUGUUCCUAUUUGA